AUGAAGGGUCUGGUCGGAGGAAUCCCUCUUGCCCUGCUGGUCGCCGCCGUCGCCAACGGCCAUGGCCAGGGGUUAAAGGAGGACGGCCCUGUUACAGUGAUCGGUGGCCCCAGUGGUGACGACGGUGGGAACAAUGUUGCUGUCGAGUUCGCCGGGAGCUACAAUUCCGGUGUGAAGGACAAGUACAAAGACGACCACUCAGUUAAUCUGAAGAACACCGUGGUCGCGCACGCCCCACCUCAUCCGCCAGUGCGUGGUUCCCAUAAGCGACAUCAUCCCGCGGUGACCGUUAUCGGAGGUCCGUCGGGAGACGACGGUGGUAACAGUGCGGAAAUCGAGUUUGAUAGUUCAUAUGCCUCCGCCGUGGAGGACUGGUACAAGGACGAUCAUUCCCACGAUGUCGAGAAUCACAUCAUUACUCCUCCAGUCCACGGCUUUCGCAGGCGUGGUGAUCCCUCGGUAACCCUCGUCGGAGGCCCAUCUGGCAACGAUGGCGGGAACAGUGUUGAAUUUGAAUUUGAUAGCUCAUACGCCUCCGUUGUCAAGGAUGCGUACAAGGACGACCACUCCGUCGGCAUUGAGAACCAUAUCACGCACCCGCCCCCAGCUCCUGGUUUCCGUAAGAGGGGUGACGGUGACACUACAGUCAUUGGUGGUCCAUCUGGCAACGAUGGCGGAAACAGCGCUGAGAUUGAAUUUGACAGCUCAUACAACUCCGCUGUCAAGGACGCGUACACGGACGACCAUUCCGUUGACAUCGACGACCAUAUCGUGCAAGCUGCCCCAUCUCGCGGUUUCCAUAAGAGAGGUGGGGGUGACACCACAGUCAUUGGUGGUCCCUCCGGGGAUGAUGGCGGCAACAGUGCUGAGGUCGAAUUUGAAAGCACCUAUGAGUCAAGUGUUAAGGACUACUACAAGGAUGACCAUUCAGUGGACAUUGAGAAUCAUGUCAUCCACCCUCCCCCUGUUUUCCACCCUCCACCUGUUCCGGGGUUCCGCAAGAGAGGUGGGGGUGACACCACAGUCAUUGGUGGUCCCUCCGGGGAUGAUGGCGGCAACAGCGCUAGCUUCGAGUUUGAUAGCUCAUAUGCCUCCAGCGUGAAGGAUUGGUAUAAAGAUGAUCAUUCUGUUGAUGUCAAGAAUACUAUUAUCCACCCGCCUCCUAUCUUCCACCAUCCUCCAGGUGUGGGUUUCCGCAAGAGAGGUGGGGGUGACACCACAGUCAUUGGUGGUCCCUCCGGGGAUGAUGGCGGCAACAGCGCUAGCUUCGAGUUUGACAGCUCAUAUGCCUCCAGCGUGAAGGAUUGGUAUAAAGAUGAUCACUCUGUUGAUGUCAAAAACACCGUCAUCCAUCCUCCCCCUGUCUUCCACCCUCCUCCGGUGCAAGGCUUCCGGAAGCGCGAUGAUGGAGGGUCUCACAUUGGCACUCCAAACUCCCAUAAGCAGGGUAAGGCGGCCGAGGGCGACAAGUCUGGAGCAUCUGCCAAGAACGGCGGAGUUACCUUGAUUAAAGGUCCCUCCGGUAACGAUGGUGGCAACAGCGCUGAGAUCGAGUUUGACAGCAAGUAUGCAUCUGCGGUGGAAGAUCAUUACAAGGAUGACCAUUCUGUGGAUAUCAAGAACCACGUCGUUGCGCCACCUGCGGUGCCAAAGGGCUUCCGCAAACGCGGCAGCGACCCGGUUUUGUUGGGUGGUCCCAGCGGGGAUGAUGAAGGGAAUGAUGCUGACUUUGUCUUUGAUGACGACUACUCGUCGACGGUCGACGACCACUAUGUGGAUGAUCAUUCCGUCAAGGCAGAGAAUUGGAUUGUGCACGUUCCCCCGCCCCCGUCGCCGCCUCGUCCUGAGCCAUCGCAUCCUCAAAAACCCUCUUUCGUGCCCCCUUAUGCUCAGGGACCUCCUCCCCAGGCAACUGCGCCUCCUUUCGCUGGCAACCCAGAACCGCCUCAAGGAGUGGACCCGGCAGCAAGCGAGCCAUGCACCACAUCCACCUUCAUUGAGACUGUCAUCAAGACCUUUGCAGAUGACCCGGUGGCAACUAAGCCCGCUGCCCCAUACAGCCCGCCUGAGCAUUCUCAAGCUCAUGUGCCUCAGCCAUAUGCUCCAUCCGAGCCCAGCCAUGGGUUCGAGCCGACGCAUCCCGCCGAGGCUGUGCCAACUGGCGGUUUUCCCCCGCAUGAGGUUGAGCCUCCCAAGGACCACGAGAAGCCUGGCCCCCAGAAGCCAGAGCCUACCCACCCCUCUUUCACCACUUCGAAGGUGGAAGGUCAUCCUCAGCCCACUGGCGCUUCUCCCACCCACGAGGUUGAGCCUCCCAAGGAGUACGAGAAGCCUGGCCCCCAGAAGCCAGAGCCUGCCCACCCCUCAUUCACCACGUCGAAGGUGGAAGGUCAUCCCCAGCCCACUGUUCCGUCAUACCCCCCGCAGGAAACCCUCCAGGAACCCCCUGAGGACAGCGCUCCCACUGACCCUGGUCCCGGCCAGUCUGAAGGCGAUGCGUUUCCUUGCCCCUCGGGUAAGCCCGGAGGUCACCAGCCUGAGCAUGCCGCUCAUGAGUACCAACCGCAUCAAACCCAGGGUGUUGACCCGCAGGAAGCUCCCAAGCACGCGCCCACCGCGGUAGAGCCCCUGACCUCCAUCACGUCCACCAUCACCGUCAGCUACACCUCCUCCUUCGCGGUCGUUCCCGUUUACAUGGACUCGAGCCACAAGACUUCCUGCACGUCGGGAGCCCACCAGCGACCCACCGACGUUGACGCCCACAACAGUCACCACGCGCCUUCCUCGGCACACAGCCAGGCCGUCAAACCCACGCACCACGCUGCUCCGUCGCCGACGCAUAGCCAGACUCUGUUCACUGGCGCCGCCGGCCGCAUCACACCCGCUGCUGGCGUUGUGUCAGCCAUGUGUGGUCUCAUGGCUGUUCUUGCCUUCGUGUUGUAA